UUGACAAACUCUUCAAAGUCAAUUUUAUCAGUCGACACAUUUAGUAUAUAUAUUGAUUGGUGUGCGAAAAAUUCAGCAUUACAAAUCUCUGAAGAUAAAGGCAAGAUGAAGUCCCUGGUUGUACUGUUCGCUUUGGCUUCUAUUGCCUUAUCGGCACCACAGCCCAAGAAGGUCUUUCACGAAAAUUACAAAGACUUUAUAGAUCUGAUUGAAGAACUGUCUGGUGACGAGAUCGCUCAUCUUAUGUCUCAUUAUAUAGUGCACGAAGAGUUCAUUGCCACUGUAGCGUAUUUGAACACUGCUGAUUUCAAGAAUCUGAUCUACGAGAUGGAGUCUCUGCCAGAAUUUAGCGAUGUGCUCGAUUUCUUAGAAAGCCACAGCAUCGACAUCACCUAUUUCAUCGACUUCAUCAACGAGAUGUUGGAAAACCCUGAUAGCGAAACAGAUUUCCGAAAUGCCCGCCACGAAACCAGUGGCACUGAUUUCAACUCAUUCAUUCGGGACACUAUCGUUUUGGUGCCCAAGGCCGAGUUGGCUGCACUUUACGAUCAGAAGAUGGUCGAGGAUGAAGACUUUAAGGCUGCCAUGGAGGGACUGCAGAGUGAGGAAUGGGAGCAGGUAUUCGACGCCUUGUGGGCGAGCGAAGUUUUUCAGGCCGAAGUGAAAACGUUGGCUGACAAUGGAGUCGACAUAAAUCUCCUCAUCGAUCAACUUGUCGCUGCUAUAUAUCCACCUCCUUUACUCUUCAAGCCAUACGGCUGUGGAAUGCCCUACCCGACUCCAUCAGAAGAUCUCCUAAUAAACUUAUAUUUAAAAGGAAUGUUCGCUCUCAUCUGCAUCAAAAUUUAAGAUGAAUAGUCACUUUAUUAAUCAUCAUCAUAUGUAUAUUUAUGUGUAUGUAUGUAUAUUUUGAUGUAUGUAUCUAUCUGAGGUAAAUGAAGUGAUUCAAACGCCUCAAUAUCGUAGUCUAAAUAAUGAAAAUCGUGAUCGUCUAGUUAUUAAUUUAAAGGAGAUUGUUCAAAUUGGCCCAAAUGUACAAAAAAUAUGACGUAUACGGUAAUUCUUGGCGUAAUUUAU